AUGCCCCGCCCACCAGGUCUCCGCUCCGAGGCAGAGAAUGAUCGCAUCGCUGACCACCGAGAGUCAAAGUUGACCUUCGCAGUAAUAUGGGAUCCUGAAGCUGGAAUGCAAUCGUUCUCGGGUGACAGCCUUGAUGUGCUGAAAGACUAUCAACAAGGCGUUGAUUGCCCUGCUUAUCAAGAGUAUGUUGCACAAAGGACGAGGAGGAGGAAGCAGCCAUCAAGGACAAAACCAGCUGGGGCCGCGCAUAAACCACCGGCUUUGGAACCGUUUGCAGUCCUUGGGGCCAGGAGCAAGCAUUUCAUCGGGAUUCAUACUUCUGGGGUAUACGAGAAGUAUUUGAAAGGGCUCGUUCCUUUUAAGCAGGCACCUGUCGAGGAGACGAAACCCGUUAAAGCGAAUCUAUCGACAGAAACAUCAGACGACAGUACUGACGAGAACGAGGAGUACACGUUCCAAGUGAACUCAGUGCUCUUCAGCGACACUGACUCUCUCCUCACCGAGUUGGACCAAACCGAAAUUCGAUAUUUCCGACGUCUGGUCGACUCGGACAGCGACAGCCCCCUCGACUCGCCGCCAGAACAUUCCGUCAAUGUUCCCUUCACACCGAACUCGGUGUUUACCUUUGCCGCUCUCUGGGACCCCAAGAAGGGGUUCUCUACCUUGCAGGACGGGAAGCUCGUCCGAAUUCCAGCCACGUCCGACUCGGAUAGCGAGUAUUCUGGCGACAAUCUAACUGUGAAAGGGUCGGCUGUUACUGCGAGAGAAGAACUUGACGAUUCUCUUGAUGGGAUCCAGGAAAUCAUCUACUUCCCGAGAGCUAAUGACGGGUCUAACCCUGCCAGGGACGCCAUCCCAUCUUCAACACUCGAUGGUCUGAACCGUGGACCUUGGAACGGAGGCGCCUUUUACGAGGAGGAUGAAGGGUUCUACGAGACUUUAGGCGUGCAAGGCGGGCAUAACGACUGUGAUCAAUUGCCAUCUCGCUUUUCGACAACAACGACAUCCACCUCUCGCUACAUCCGUGUCGAUGGGAACCUUGUUCCAAGCCCUGGGACGAGCGUCCUUGCAUUCAUGCCUCGCAAGAUGCCAUCCUCGACGUCCGCCAAAGGAUUCAUGGGUCGUGCGAAAUCAACAAAGAAAUCCGAGGGCGCGACGUCGGGAAGCACACCUGCAGCUCCUGCUGUCCCGCGUCACUGCGAAAUGAUGCCCUCGGCCUUCAAGAAUAUCAACUCUCCAAUACCGACCCGUCUGUCACAGGUCUUCAAAACGAAAUGGACGAAAUGA